ACUAUUGUUAAAAUAUUUUUAUAAUUAUUUGAAAUGAUUCUAAUUACAUUAUAAGUAGCGUGAAUUAAUUAUAAUCUGUGGAUUAUGUUACCUAACGACCAGGGCAAUUGUAGUCCUGCGAUCAAUAAAAAUAAUACUGACACUGAUGGAGAUAAUAAUGCUUUAGAAAAUGGUCUACAAUCGAUAAGUAAUAAUGAAGGCAAAAAAACAUGGUCUGAAAUUCGGCAGACAGUAUGUGACUUUCGUCAUCGUCUUUCUACAGUUUCAGUUAUGUCUAUCUCACAUGUAUCAUUCAGACGAUUACAAAAUGGAAAAACUCGUGUUUAUUUUCUCAGUGCUCCCGUAAAUGAAUUUGAAACACUUCUAUAUGUUGAUUUACCAAAUCAAAGUGUUGCUGGCCAAUUAUCAUGGCAACCUUUGAUUGAGUCUAAUUUUCCAAGUGUUAUAAUGAGUGGUAGAUAUUCACGAGAAGAACAACUCUUAUCUGAAAGAAAGCGUUUGACUACAUUUGGAAUUACAUCAUAUGAAAUUAAUAGUGAAUCUGGUAGAAUUGUUUUUCCUGCUGCAAGUACAUUAUUUCAUUGUAAUGACAAUGAAUACUCGACAAACUCACUGUAUCCAACUGAAUUAAGAACAAAUGCUGCUGGAGCUAAGCUAUCUCCUCAAAUUUGUCCAAAUAAUAUUGAUAUUGUUGCGUAUGUAUGUAAUUUUGAUAUUUGGGUGACUCAUAUAGCUACAGGUAGUACUAAAAGAUUAACUUUUGCCCAUAAAGGGGGGCGAUGUCUAUCAGAUGAUCCUUUGGCAGCAGGAGUACCCUCAUAUGUUAUGCAAGAAGAAUUUAAUCGUUAUCAUGGUUAUUGGUGGCAACCCAAAAAACAUACAGAAGAUAAUGUCUACAGAAUUUUAUAUGAGGAAGUAGAUGAAAGUGAAGUUAAAAUUUUUAAUUUUCCUUCAUCAAAUGCAUCAGGUGUAGGUGAAAUUGAACAAUAUAGAUUUCCUCGAGCUGGUACUGCUAACUCUAAGUCAAACUUAAAGCUUGUAUCAUUUCAAAUCGAUGAAGAAUGUCAAAUUAUUAAUAUUAAAAAUAUGGAACUUCAAUAUCCAUUAUCACAUAUGUUUCCUUGGAUGGAAUACUUAGUUAGAGUAGGGUGGACACCCAAUGAUGAUUUAAUAUGGAUCCAAGUCCUAGAUCGAAGACAACAAAGACUUGAACUGGUGGUUCUUUCCAUUGAUAAUUUUGUUGAUCAUGCUUCUUCUAAUAUAAUUAAUCCAUCACAUAAUUCAACAUUUGUUCCUCCUCAAGUUGUGUACUCCCAGACUUCCAAUGUCUGGGUUAACGUUCAUGAUCUUUUAUAUAUGUUUCCCAUUACAAGUAAUGGUGAAGUAACCAUGAUUUGGGCUACAGAAGAUACUGGAUUUCGACAUUUAUACUUAAUUACUAGUAUAAUUACAAAGGUAUCUCAUGAAAAUGGCAUUCAAAGUGUAGAUCCUAGUGAAAAUAACAUGAUGAUGUCUAAGUUAGCGCUGACCAGUGGAAACUGGGAAGUGUGUGGUAAAGGAUUAUGGGUUAAUCUAAAACAACAACUAGUGUAUUUCAUGGCUGUCAGAGAAUCACCAUUAGAAAAACAUCUGUACGCAGUAUCAUUGAAGAGCCCUGGGAAUAUUAAACUUCUAACCAAACCAGGAUAUUCUUAUGAAAUUGAUAUUGAUAAGAAUUGCGAGAUUUGUGUGGCUGUUUACAGUAAUAUAAGAAAUCCUCCAUCUUGUCAAGUAUUUCGAAUAGAAAAUAAUAAUAUGUCUGUUGAUGGAAUAUAUUUACAAUCACUUGGAUUUUUAAUGGAAAAUUCUGAAAUAAAUAGUGUUCUUCAGAGUCCUACUCUAGUUACACAUCAAAUUAGUUCUGGUGAUGUAUUAUUUGCUAUGGUUUUUAAACCGCAUAAUUUUGUUCCUGGUCAAAAAUAUCCAACUAUUCUACAUGUAUAUGGUGGACCAGAAGUUCAACUUGUAACCAAUACAUUUAAGGGUGCUCGACACAUAAGAAUGCAUAUGUUGGCAUCUCAAGGCUAUGUAGUAAUUGCAAUUGAUUCUCGAGGUUCAAGACAUAGGGGUUUAAUGUUUGAAAGUCAUUUAAAAGGAAGAUUGGGUACUGUAGAACUUUCAGAUCAAAUUGAAGUUCUUCAGUGGUUAGAUGAACAUCUUGGAUACUUAGACAUGAAUCGAUUGGCAAUUCAUGGAUGGUCAUAUGGAGGUUAUCUUAGUCUUAUGGGACUUGCUACCUAUUCAAAUAUCUUUAAAUUAGCAAUUGCUGGAGCGCCUGUAACAUCAUGGGCAAUGUAUGAUACAGGUUAUACAGAACGGUAUAUGGAUUUACCACAGUACAAUUCUGUUGGAUACAUGAAUGGUUCAGUGUUAAGUUAUGUGAGCCGAUUACCUGAUGAGGAAAACAGAUUACUAAUCAUACAUGGACUAAUUGAUGAAAAUGUUCAUUUUUCUCACACCAGUUUAUUAAUCAACACACUUAUUAAAUAUGGAAAACCAUAUCAAUUGCAAAUCUAUCCAAAUGAACGGCACAGCUUAAGAAGUUUGGAUGCUACAAAGCAUUAUGAUGCUACAUUUUUAUCAUUUUUACAAAAUUAUUUAUAACGUUUUAUUUGGAAUUAAAUAGUAUGUUUUUUAUUACUAAAU